AUCAACUUUGACUGACUACUUAAUAUCGGGGGUGGAACGGUGUUUGGUGUUUCUUCGCAGUGCAAAAUGGUUGAAUAUUCAUUGAUAACUAUUUUAACAGGAACCAUUCUCGGUUUCAUAGCUGGUAGCAGCUUAACAUGGACUUCCCCUGAAAUAACCUACCUUAAUCAAACGGACACGGGACCCUUCGAUGGUACGCUUACCAGCAGCGAUGGUUCUUGGAUAGGCGGCGUACUUUCAAUUGGUGCAGCAGUAGGUCCGUUUCUCUAUGGAUAUUUGGCUUCACUUAUAGGCCUUAAGUACACUAUUUUGGCUUCGACGGUACCUUUUGCAGUGAGUUCUGUAAUAAGUGCCUUCGCAAAUACGGUGGCAGAGUUUCUGGUUGCCAGGUUAAUCACAGGUAUUGGCGUUGGAGGCGCCUUCGCAAUAUUACCAAUGUACAUAGCAGAACUAGCACAAGAUGAGCAACGAGGUGUAUUAGGCACCGUUAUGAAUUGCUUCAUUUGUUUUGGUCUGAUAUUUACCUACGUCUCGGGUUAUUUUAUUAGCAAAGUAAUGGCUUUUAAUUUAUUACUCGCUGGUAUUGCAUGUUGUUUUUUCCUGUUGUUCUUUUUCAUCGGUUCAGAGAGUCCGUUUUACUAUGUUCAAAAAAAACAAAUAGGUAUGGCUAGAAAAACUUUGGCAAAGCUGCGAAAUACGAGCGAAGAUUCUGUUGAAAAAGAGCUGCAAGGUAUUAUAGAGGAAAUUCAAAAAGAAGAAAAAGGAAACAUCUUUCAGAUCUUUAAAUCGAAAGGUACUGUCAAGGCUUUUAUUAUAGGCGCUGGUCUAGUAUUUUUCCAGCAAGCUUCUGGAAUCAAUGCUGUGCUAUUUUUUGCGCAAGAUAUCUUCAAACAAGCGGGAACUUCACUUGAGCCAGGUUAUUGUUCCAUGAUUAUUGGAAGUGUUCAAUUUGGAACAAGCUUCAUCACUCCAUUGGCUUCGAAUACUUUUGGUCGCAAGUUUUUACUCAUAACUUCAGGUAUUGGCAUGGCAUUAAGUGAAAGUAUUUUGGGAAUUUACGGAAUAUUGAGAGAGAAAAACGAGGAAUCUGUGAGCUCUUUAGCGUUCUUACCAAUUUUGUCAUUAGUAUUAUACAUUAUCACUUAUAAUAUUGGUUUUGGACCUUUGCCUUGGGCAGUUAUUGGAGAAGUUUUUCCCAGCAGUGUGAAAUCUUCUGCUAGUGCUUUGUCCACUUCUAUUUGUUGGAUCACUAGUUUUAUAAUCACAAAAUGGUUUGGUCAAGUGGCAGCCAGUUUGGGCCAAGGGCCAUGUUUUAUGGGAUUUGCUCUAUUUUCAUUGUUAGCGGCAGCAUUUACACAGUUCGUAGUAUUGGAAACAAAAGGCAAAUCACUUGCAGAAAUUCAAGUGGAUUUAAAUAAAUAAAUCAAGUGUUUUUUUUUAAAUUUUAUCCACAAAUUGAAGUUGUAGCACAUUUUGUGAUAUUUUCUGGUUGAAAUUUUGUUUUAAUACCGAUAAUACUGAUAACUAAUAAAUAAAAAUUAAGAUGUUGCAAUAAGCAUAUAUUAACGUAAUUUAUUGCAUACCAUUUGAUGAUUGCAUACUUUUUAGUCAGUAAUCUUAAAUUAUUCAAUAAAUUGUACACACUUCUCUUUCCUUAUCUUUAGUUUUGCAACAAGCAGUCAAUUUUGUGCCGUAUGCAUAGUUAUAGCUACGUUUAAGACCGUCAUUUUGAAAUUAAUGUUAUAUAUUUUUCUACUGUUGCUGUGAAAUACAAAUGUAUCUAUUUAUUUAUGUUUUAAUAAAUUUUUUAAUAAAACCUUUUUUUUAUUUUUUAAU